GUCAGACAGUUGUUCAGCUUGAACGGAGCCGAGAGGACACGGCUGCUGGGUUUUAAGAGUCUGACAGAGCUAUGGGGGAGAAGGAGCAGGCUACUGGAGGGCCUCAUUUCGUGGGGACAAAAGAUGAACUGAUUGCUGCAAGGCGCUCGUUCAGAACACUGGAGGGUCGGGACAUACUUAUCGUCUACCAACAGGGAGUGUUCUAUGCUUUGGAUUCUUACUGUUAUCAUGCUGGGGCGAUGCUGCAGAAUGGAGACAUUGAGGAAAUUGAUGGCAAGCUGUGCAUAAUUUGUCCAAAUCACAAGUACAAGAUCUCCCUUGCCCAGGGGGAGGGCAUUUACAAGGGCACAGACCCCGGGCAAAAGCCACCUGUGCCCAGAUGGUACUCCAAGGGCGUGAAGCAGCGGACCCACAUGGUCACCGAGACCGACGGGAAAGUCUACGUCCAGCUCUCCGCGGCAACAGGCUGGAUCGACUCAGACUACUACCAGGGAGAAAAGGGCAAAGUGGAAAGGGCCAAAGCCAGGGCUGCUGAGAAGAAAACCUCCUGAUGGUGUAACACAUGGAUGCAGAUGCCAUUUUCAGUCUCUCUUUUUUAAUCUCCCCUCAUUUCCUCCAACAGAUGUGUGUAUAAAGAGGAUGUCAGGUAUCAAUAUAACACUUGAAUCUGAAUCUUCUUUAUUUUGGGAGAAUUUAGAGUUUUUGAUUGUUCUCAUUGUGGUUUACUACUUGACAACAGAUAUUAAAAUGUUUUCCUACAAGAUCGGGUCAAAUAUUUCCAUCUUUCACUGACGCCCAGGGCCCACUGGUGCAUCCCUUUACAUGUCAAUACUCUGUGUACUGUGCAAACACAUGGAUAAAUCAAUAGGAUGAAAUGUUUUAAGCUGAUCAAUAAUGCCCUCAAGCGGAGAAGGGUUAAUGCAAAAUGUAAAGAUCCUUCCACAGUAGCAACCACUUCUUGUAAUAGCCAUGUCUGCAUAUUGCCUCAUAUGUAAUAUCAGGAAGCAGGUACCUCUGGCCACAGCCUGCACAGGUUCAAUCAUUUGGGGGUUAUGUUGUGACGUGGGUCGGGUCCACUGGAAAUAAUCCCUACAAACAAAC